AUGGCCUCCAAUGUCCAUAUAACCUCGCCUGUCGUGGGCGAUUACUCUGCCGAGAGAGUAGAACAGCUUUUCGAAAUCCCAAUCGAACAUCAAGGCCAGGUCUUCGUGGAGAGUGACAGGAUGCCCUUUGAUGCUCGCGCCAGCCAGAACUCGGGCUCCACCAUUGAGAACAAUGUAUCCAGGACAAACGAUGCCGACUACAUCACCAGCGACGGCAAGGAAGUCGCCGAGACCCCAGCGGACAGACGACCGUCUUCGUCCGACGAUGAAGCCUACGGGGAAAUCACCUCGGAGUCACGGCAAAUCUUGACCAGACUCGCAACCAACUCGGCCUACGCUGCAUCACGAAGAAGCGGCUCAGUGGCAGGAGACCAGGACCCCGAAGCUCUGGAAAGAAAAGCAACCUUGGACGGAAUUGACCUCUCUUCGGAAGAGCUCGAUCCAAAGUCCCCAAACUUUGAUCUACGCAAAUGGAUCAAAAUGACCCUCCGCCUCGUGGAUGAGGAAGACAUCAAAGUCAAGCGUGCCGGAAUCGCUUUCAAGGAUCUCAACGUCAGUGGAACAGGCAACGCAUUGAACUUGCAAGGCACUCUUGGAAGCAUCCUCAUGUCGCCUUUGCGCAUGGGAGAGAUGCUCAGCUCGGGAAAGUCACACAAACAGAUUCUCAGAAAUUUCGACGGAAUCAUGAGGAGCGGUGAACUAUUGGUCGUCCUGGGUCGUCCUGGUUCUGGAUGCAGCACUCUCUUGAAGAGUCUAACGGGUCAGUGGCAUGGCUUGAACAUGGACGACAAGUCUGUGGUGCACUACAAUGGAAUCGAUCAAAAGCGAAUGAUCAAGGAAUUCCAGGGAGAAGUGAUCUACAACCAGGAAGUGGACAAGCACUUUCCCCAUCUCACAGUCGGCCAGACUCUGGAGCACGCCGCUGCAUUGAGGAUGCCGCAACGCCGGCCUUUGGGCAUCUCGCGCGAGGAUGCCGUCAAGCACGUUACACAGGUCAUCAUGGCCGUGUACGGACUUUCGCACACCUACAACACCAAAGUAGGCAACGACUUUGUACGCGGUGUCAGUGGAGGAGAGCGCAAACGUGUCAGUAUUGCUGAGAUGGCGCUUGCGGGCAGCGCCGUCUGUGCUUGGGAUAACAGUACGCGAGGACUGGAUUCUGCAACCGCCCUGACGUUCAUCAAGGCCCUUCGCCUCAACGCAGACCUUUCUGGUUCGACUCACGCCGUUGCCAUUUAUCAAGCUAGUCAGGCCAUCUACGACCUCUUCGACAAGGCGAUUGUGCUGUACGAGGGCCGACAAAUCUUCUUCGGCAAGGCGGAGAAAGGCAAAGCGUACUUUGAGAACAUGGGAUUCUACUGUCCCACUCGUCAGACCACUGGAGACUUCCUCACCAGUGUGACCAACCCCGCUGAGCGUCAGACCCGUGAAGGGUACGAAGACAGAGUGCCCCGAACCCCCGACGACUUCGAAAAGUACUGGCGCAACAGCCCCGAGUACAAGGAGCUUCAGGAAGAGAUCCAGGAGUACGAAAACGAAUUCCCGAUAGGAGAUAAAGCCGAGCUACAAGCAUUCCGCGAGUACAAGAACGACAACCAAGCGAAGCACGCUCGUCCCAAAUCUCCAUACGUUGUCAGCAUCCCAAUGCAGGUAAAGCUGAACACCAAGCGAUCUUGGCAACGUAUCUGGGGCGACAAGGCGUCCACCUUCACUCCCAUGAUCUUCAACAUCAUCAUCGCUCUCAUCAUWGGUUCCAUCUUCUUCGACAGUCCUGCUGCAACUUCUGCUUUCCAAGCUAGAGGUGCCGUGUUGUUCUUCGCCAUCCUGAUCAACGCCUUGUCGGCGAUCAGCGAGAUCAACAGUCUUUACGACCAGCGGCCAAUCGUCGAGAAGCACAAGUCCUACGCCUUUUAUCAUCCCUUUACUGAAGCUCUAGCUGGUAUUGUGAUCGAUAUUCCGCUGAAGUUUGCGGUUGCGGUUUGUUUCAACUUGGUGCUCUACUUCAUGGCUGGCCUCCGACGGACCCCCGAUCAAUUCUUUCUCUUCUUCCUGAUUGCCUUCAUCUCGACAUUCGUGAUGAGUGCGGUAUUUAGGACGUUGGCCGCCUUAACAAAGACCAUCUCCCAAGCCAUGGCGCUCUCCGGUGUCAUGGUGCUCGCUCUCGUCGUAUACACUGGAUUCGUCGUUCCGACGCGAUACAUGAAGGACUGGUUUGGCUGGAUUCGCUGGAUCAACCCAAUCUUCUACKGCUUCGAGAUUCUAGUUGCAAACGAGUUUCACGGACGCGAUUUUGCAUGCUCAGAGUUCGUCCCGGCUUUCGACUUGACGCAGGGUGGUGAAACAUUCAUCUGUUCGACACAAGGCUCGGUCGCUGGCCAGCUCACGGUCAAUGGUGAUGCCUAUAUCGCAGAGGCUUACGGCUAUUACUACUCCCACGUCUGGAGAAACUUCGGCAUCUUGUUGGCCUUCUUGUUCGGAUUCAUGAUCAUCUACUUUGUGGCUGUUGAGCUCAAUAGCUCGACGUCAAGCACGGCYGAGGUCCUUGUCUUCCGGCGUGGCCAUGUUCCUGCAUACAUGCAAAAUCUGGACAAGCCAGACGCCAACGACGAAGAAAAUGGUGGCAAUGACAAAGCCACCGCGACCGACUCGAGUAGUGCAAACGACGACGACGUCAACGUUAUCCCGCCACAGACUGACAUGUUCACCUGGCGCGAUGUGGUAUACGACAUUGAGAUCAAGGGCGAGCCACGAAGAUUGCUUGACAACGUGAGCGGUUUCGUGAAACCUGGGACAUUGACUGCUUUGAUGGGUACAAGWGGAGCCGGAAAGACAACUCUUCUUGAUGUCCUGGCUCAACGAACGACCAUGGGUGUGGUCACCGGAAAUAUGUUCGUUAACGGUGCUCCCCUCGAUGCCAGUUUCCAGCGUAAAACUGGAUACGUACAGCAACAAGAUCUACACUUGGACACCGCCACCGUCCGCGAGUCCCUCCGAUUCUCUGCUAUGCUUCGCCAGCCCAAGACGGUCAGUAAAGAAGAAAAGUACGCUUACGUUGAAGACGUUAUCAAGAUGCUCAACAUGGAGGACUUUGCCGAGGCUGUUGUUGGUGUGCCAGGAGAAGGACUUAACGUCGAGCAACGUAAACUGCUUACUAUCGGAGUGGAGCUUGCAGCCAAACCGAAGUUGCUUCUCUUUUUGGAUGAGCCAACCAGUGGUCUCGACUCGCAAUCUGCUUGGGCCAUUUGCGCUUUCCYCCGCAAACUCGCAGACGCCGGACAGGCCGUUCUCUGUACUAUUCACCAGCCUUCUGCCAUCCUCUUCCAGGAGUUCGAUAGACUUCUCUUCCUCCGCAAGGGAGGAAAAACGGUCUACUUUGGUGACAUUGGAAAGAACUCACGAACACUUCUGGAUUACUUCGAGGGCAACGGCGCUCGCGAAUGUGGCAAAGAAGAGAAUCCUGCCGAGUACAUGCUUGAGAUUGUUGGAGACGAAAAGGCCGAUUGGGUGGGAACCUGGAACAACAGCAAGGAGGCAUCUGGCGUCCAGCAGGAAAUCGACAAUAUCCACAAAGAGCGCAAGGGAGCGACUUCGGACGACGACGACGAGACCGCCCAUGCUGAAUUUGCCAUGCCUCUCACGGCCCAGAUCGGAGCUGUUACCGGGCGUGUCUUCCAGCAGUAUUGGCGCAUGCCAUCCUACGUGAUGGCGAAAUUCGCUCUAUCCACGGCAUCCGGCUUGUUCAUCGGAUUCUCCUUCUAUCAGGCCGAUGCCACCCUCCAGGGAAUGCAGAAUGUCCUCUACUCGCUCUUCAUGCUUACGACCAUCUUCAGUACUCUUGUCCAGCAGAUCCAGCCACUUUUUGUGACCCAAAGGAGCUUAUAUGAAGUCCGCGAACGUCCCUCGAAAGCGUACUCAUGGAUCGCAUUCCUCAUCGCCAACAUUGUCGUCGAGCUCCCGUACCAGAUUUGUGCCGGUCUGCUCGCAUAUGCCACUUUCUACUACCCCGUCGUCGGAAUCCAGAGCUCAGAGCGGCAAGGCUUGGUGCUUGUACUCUGCGUGAUUCUGUUCAUCUACGCCUCGACUUUUGCUCACAUGUGCAUCGUCGUGAUGCCGGAUGCCCAAACGGCCGGAGCGAUCGUCACAUUCCUCUUCUUCAUGUCUCUGAUCUUCAAUGGUGUCAUGCAGCCUCCGUCCGCUCUACCUGGAUUCUGGAUAUUCAUGUACAGGACUAGCCCCUUCACAUACUGGGUUGGAUCCAUGGCUGCUGCCAUGUUGCAUGAUCGCCAGGUGACUUGCUCCGAAAGUGAGAUCAGCGUCUUCCAGCCGCCAUCAGGUUCUACAUGUGGCGAAUACAUGGCCCCCUAUCUCGCGGCCGCGCCCGGUCAGCUUCAAAACCCCGAUGCCACGAGCGACUGCGCCUACUGUUCCAUUCGAGUCGCCGACACAUUCCUCGAGGGAGUCGGCAUCAAAUGGUCUGACCGAUGGAGAAAUGUCGGAAUUUUCUGGGUCUACAUCAUCUUCAACAUCUUCGUCACGGUUUUCCUCUACUACUUCUUCCGGGUCCGGAAGAGCUCCAAGAAGACCAAGGUAUCAAAGAGCAAGUCCAAGAAAAACAAUGACUCCAAGAGUGAUGAAGAGAAGAAGCCGGAAGCGACGACCCAGCCGCAAGAGGGAGCGGAAACUACUCAGCGUGCGCAGUCCACCACCACAAGUACACGUCCUCAGGGAGGUAUGAUGCAGAGAGGCUACUCAUCAGCUCAGAGUUACGGCUCCAAUUACCUCACUUAUAAUAUGGGACGUACGAAGACCAACGAACGAAACGCACACAUCAUAUAA